CAGUGUCCCAUGUUGGCCAUUGACUGGCUGAGUGGGCAGGUCCUGAAAUGAGUGUUUGUCUCAGAAGCAGUAAGAAGACGGAUGGAGGGACCCGAUGGAGCCGAAUGGGAGCUUAGGGGGAGCGGAGGUAGGUUUCUCCAACCCUGAAUCUCUGCUGAUAUCUAUAAGAGAAGUGUCCUUAUCAACCAUGGAGAGAGACAGGAACAAGAUGGCCGACAGGAUAAUAGACCUCACCCUACAGAUACUCUUCCGGCUUACUGGAGAGGAUUACACAGUAAUGAAGAAGUCCUCUAGUGGGCGCUGUCGGGCCCCUGUGUGUGAAGGAUGGGGAAGAACCCUGAGCCCAAUCCCGAGGCCCCCACCUCACUCCCUGAUACAUGAGAAAAUGGAUGAACAGAAGAUCCUAGAACUGAUCAACAAGAUGAUGGAGCUGCUGACUGGAGAGGUUCCUAUAAGGUGUCAGGACGUGGCGGUCUAUUUCUCCAUGGAGGAGUGGGAGUAUGUAGAAGGACACAAGGAUCAGUACAAGGAUCAGGUGAUGAUGGAGGAUCAGCAGCCCCUCACAUCAGCAGUCAGAUCCAGUAAGAGAACAGCAGCAGAGAGGUGUCCCCGUCCUCUUCUUCCACAGGAUCAGGAUCAGCUCAUGAAUCAGGCUGAAGAUCUGAAGUACAUAAAUGGUAUAAACAUUAUAGUAAAAGAAGAGCCGUAUUUGGAGGACAUUACUACAGGUAACCAUCCGGAUGACUGUACCAGGAGAUCAGAGGAGAAUCUUAUAUCUUCAUAUUAUAAAGCAGAUGAUGAUAUCACACAAGAUACAUAUGAAGAACAUUCCAUUAUCCCAGAUAUACUGUCAGCCCUUCACAGCAAAGCUCUACCAUCUGAUCCUUUUAAACCAGUCCUAUCUUCCCAUUCAUCACAGGCUGUUAAGCAAAAUAAAAGCAACAGGAGGGGUGUUAAACAAAAAAUAGCUCAUACAGAAGAGAAUCCAUUUCCAUAUUCAGAAUGCGGGAAAUAUUUUACCGUGAAACCAUACCUUAUUCAGCAUCAAACUAUGGAGAAGUCAUUUUUAUGCCGAGAAUGUGGAAAAUGUUUUACUCAAAAAAAAUAUCUUGUUCAGCAUCAAAGAACUCACACGGGGGAAAAGCCAUUUUCUUGUUUAGACUGUGGGAAAUGCUAUAGCAAUACGUCAGCUCUUGUUAAACAUCACAAAACUCACAGAGGUGAGAGGCCUUAUUCAUGUUCAGAAUGUGGGAAAUGUUUUACCCAGAAAUCAACUCUUGUUGAGCAUCAGAGAAUUCACACAGGGGAGAAGCCAUUUUCAUGCCAAGAAUGUGGGAAACGUUUUACUCAGAAAUCAACUCUGGUGGAACAUAUGAGAACGCACUCAGAGGAGAGACCAUUUUCUUGUUCAGACUGUGGGAAAUGUUAUAGAAAUAAAUCAACUCUUGUUCAACAUCAAAAAACUCACACGGGGGAGAAGCCAUUUUCUUGUUCAGAAUGUGGGAAAUGUUUUACUCAGAAAUCAAAUCUAGUUAUCCAUCAAAGGACUCACACAGGGGAGAAGCCAAUUUCCUAAACCGUAUGGGGGAAAGUCUUUUUAACCAAAAACCAGCUCUAACUCACACCGGAAAAACCUUUUCAUGGCCAGAAUUUGGAAAAGGUUUUCCCUACAAAUCACUUCUUAACUUCCCAAAAAACUCACACAGUCAGCAGCUACUUUUGUCAACUAGUACAAGACAAAAAUACAACGCUACAAUUGUAGCAAAUGAAAUAAAAGCAAUUUGGAGCAAUACAUUAUGAUUAAAAAAAAGUUUGUUAUCCAAAAAGCAAAUAGAAUCCCGAAAACGCACCCAUUUAUCAGCCACGUGCCUAGAAUAUUUCACAUUUAGAAAUAGAUAUUUAUUUGUUAUAUACAACAUCUAACACCUUGUUAUCAACUGUUAUUAAAAAUGUGCUUUUAAAAGGUAGUCCCCUCUCCUUCCAUGGUAUUGCUAUACAUUGAAUAGUUUAAUGUAGUAAUAUAAGGUUAUACUGUUAUGAAUACUCCACAAAAAGACAACAGAUGCCCCACGGGUAAGGUUAAAGGAGUACUCCAGUGCUCCAGCUUUCUGAACAUUGUGUUCAGCACACUCGGAGUCGGGGGCUGUGAUCAUGAGGUCACAGCCACUCCACCUCGUGAUGUCACGGUCAUGCACCCUCCAUUCAUGUCAAUGGGAGGGGGCGUGUCUGCCGACACGCUCCCUCCCAUAGACAUGAAUGGAGGGGGCAUGGCCUUGACCUCACGACCACUGUUGCAGGAAUCCAGCGUUUGUUUAGAAUGCUGGGUACUGUGGGAGAUCGCGGGGGCCCCACAAUUAGACAUCUUAUCCCCUACCCUUUGUGAGAUUACCAUAAUGCAGAGGCUGUCUCUUUGUAACUGGGUAUUUCCUAUUGGAUUUCGUUCUCAAGCUACAUUUAACAUAAUUCCUUGUUUGUAAGUGUGAGGUCACUUUCCUGCCUCCCACACAUCAGCCACCCAACCCACUGGAACACAAAUUAGCUGUAUUCCAUUCGAAAGACCAGUGUUUUCUUACCAGGGUGCCUCCAGCUUUUGCAAUAUUAUCUCUCUCCCACCCAGCGGUUGCUUCACCCAUUGAAGCAGGACAUGCUCCCUUAGCACACCUAACUAGUGAUGUCAUGUCUUGGCUGCACUGCAACCUAGGAAAACCCGAUACCUGUGUCAUUUUGUAUGCUGUUAAAAAUAAAUAUUGGGGCUAGCUUUUUCUCCUCCCUGCAUGGUUCCUAUAGUCACCUGGACUACAUUCUGCUUCAACACAGUGCCUUGCCUUGGCUGUCUUCUUUCUCAAUUGGUAACAUUCUAUGGUCUGAUCAUGCACCGGUUUUCUGCUCCCUCCCGCUCCCAUUCUUGGUGAAAUCUGGCUGGUCCUGGAGGCUGAAUGAAUCUUUUCUCUUGGACACUGUCUGUCUUGCUGAGCUGACCAGAACUGUUUCAAAUUUGGUGACUGAUCAUGCCUCGGACACCUCACCUCCCUUUUCCCAAUGGGAAGCACUCAAAUGCGUGCUCCGUGGGGUUCUCAUCAAACACAAUUCUAUGUUGAAGCGGGAAAAGGCCCAAGCCCUUAGUCGUACCCUAUUGAAACUGUCCUCCCUCGAAUUAGCUCAUAAACGCUCACUCUCUCCACCGGUUUUGAGGGAUUUGCAGUUGGUCAGACUUGAAGUAAAACGCCUCUUAGAGGCUUCCUGGGGACGCUGGUUACAAAUAGGCCGCAGCAAUUUUUUUAAGACCAUAGGAAUAAAAGUGGGCGCCUUCUUGCAAGGGUGCUGCGGUCUAGACUGGCUCAAACAUAUGUCCCCAGUAUUCGAUCGCGCUUGGGUCCCCUGGCCAUACCACGGAGGACAUUAUGUCCACCUUCCAUUGGUUUUUCUCAGACCUGUAUAACCUCCCACCAGACCUCCUGAGGAAGAAUACGAAACACGUGUUUAGGAGGCGGCGGGGGUACAGUGAUCUUGUAGG